ACAUCUUUUACCUUUGUCUUUCGGUUCCCUUUUUGUGUUUUUCUCUUUCUCUUGAAUUCUACUAUCACUUUUUUUUCCUCUCAUUUUAGUGAAAGUAAGAUUUGAGAGCAUUGAUUGAGUAUUUGGAGGUGUCAAGGUAAAAGGGUUCUUGAAUUUUGUGAAUUUCAUAUCAUUUCUAUCAAUUCUUGAUCAUAGUUAGGUUGUUGUAGUGAGGAAUUUUUGUGGGGUUGACACUAAUUUCUGUUUAAAGUUUCGAUUUUUGGUAUUGGGUUAUUUUCAUUUUGUGUUUGUUAUUCGUGGGUUUUGAUCAGCUGAGAAAAAUAUUGAACGGUUCAUCUUUGUUUGAUCUUUUUGGGAGAUUUUGGUUUGAAUUUCAAAGAUUUCUUGGGGUAUUUGAUUGUUUCAUGUAAAAUUCAAGAAAUGCCAGCAACAGAUUUUUCAACUUUUGGGAGGUCUAUUUUGAGUUUACGUCGCGAUCAACAAGUACAUUCUAUGGAAUCUGGUGGUCAUGAGGGAACUAGCCAAGAGCUAGAGCUUGAAGCUUUUCAAAAGCAAGUAGCUGAGCUUUUCAAUGAUUUGGCAUCUGCUGACUCUGAUCAGCUUUUGUCGAUUCCUUGGAUUCACAAGCUAUUGGAUGUGUUCCUUUCUUGCCAGGAGCAGUUUAAGUCUAUUGUGUCUAAGAAUAAGGGGUUGUUGAAUAAAUCCCCUGCUGACCGUUACAUAAUGGAAUAUUACGAAAGGAGUGUGAAAGCUUUAGAUGUGUGUAAUGCGAUACGAGAUGGGAUUGAGUUGAUCAGGCAAUGGCAGAAGCAGUUGGAGAUUGUUUAUUAUGCAUUGGAUAACCAGAGGAGUAUUGGGGAAGGUCAAAUUCGUCGUUCCAUGAAAGCCUUGAUUGAUUUGGCAAUUGGAAUGAUUGAUGAAAAAGAGUCUAGUUCAAGUUUUGCUCAUAGAAACAGGUCAUUUGGACGAAACAAUGCUCAGAAGGAUCAUGAUUCGUUGGGCCAAUUUCGAUCAUUGUCAUGGAGUGUAUCGCGGAAUUGGUCUGCUGCUAAGCAACUUCAAGCAAUUGGUCAAAACUUAGUUACUCCAAAAAAUAAUGAAAUUACUGCCACCAAUGGAUUAGCUGUAGCUGUUUUUACAAUGAGUUAUGUGCUUUACUUUGUAAUGUGGACGCUUGUUGCUGCAAUUCCCUGCCAAGACCGUGGUCUUCAAACGCAUUUUCAUGUUACUAGGCAAUUCAUUUGGGCUGCUCCAGUUCACGCCCUACAUGAGAGGAUUUUGGAGGAGUCAAGAAAGAGGGAACGUAGAAAUGCUUGUGGAUUGUUGAGGGAGAUUAAUAAGAUUGAGAUAUGCGCCCGCCACAUGAAUGAAUUGACCGAUACCAUUCACUUCCCCCUUUCAGAGGAAAAGGAAGGGGAAGUUAAGCAAAGAGUUCAGGAGCUUGGGAUAGUCUACCAUGGUCUAAAAGAUGGAUUGGGCCCGUUGGAGCGUCAGGUACGAGAAGUGUUUCAUAGGAUUGUUCGAAGCAGGACAGAAGGGCUCGACUCUAUCGGGUGAGGGAUUCAUCAUUGGCAUAGGUAAAACAGAAUCGAGAUUCCAUUUAGAGUUGUAGUUGUCGAGUGUGUGCACCUCUGCAACCAUUAUUAGAAGAGCAGAUUAUGCUCUUAGUUUUCCCCUUGUUUCUUUUUGUUUGCCCUUUUUUAGAUGAGAAGAAUAGGGAGGAUGAAAUGGUGCAAUGUCCCAAAAUAGUCUAAAGAGGUAAACUCGUGUAUUUAUCGCUAUGUAUUAUGUAAAGAAUGCAAAAUAGUUGGAUCUCUGGUCCAUGUUGUAUUGUUCAUCUUGUGUGAGGUUGUUUAGUCAGUU